AUGGGUGACGAAAAGAAGAAGAUGGCACGAUUGGCACCAACUGCCGCAGUCUACGGGCCUUUGAGUGGAAAUGAUGGUCGAUGUCUGGAGAGCGUUACACCAUUGAAUAUGGAAAUGGAGUGGGAUCCCUAUGUGCGACGCAAGCAGCACGGUGUGGGACUGCAGCCACUCGUGGGAGUGCUGCGUAAUGAUCGGACGCCACUUAAUACGCCGUACACACCGCAGCUUAUGAAACUCCACUUGAAACGGCAUGAGGCGUACGAUGAGCGGGACGAGUAUGUCGAGAGGCCAGGCAAACAACUUGUGACGACGUUCAAGUCCAAGAUCAUGCUAGUGAUGCAGCCUGUAUACAAGAUUCGCAGUGCGGCAGUGAAUCGCGUCGUGACCGUCGUAGUGCCAAGCUUUAUCCAGGACACCAGUCUGUUUGCCAAAAUGCGGAUGUGGAUUGUCUGGCACUUCACAGCCGUUGUGUGUGUGCCGUUCGUCAUGCUUUUGAGCCCGAUGCUUAUCGCGCUCAGCAUCUGUACGUCACCAAUAUGGAUUUCUGGCAUCGCAGUUUUGUUCGUUCGCCUGCUGAUGCGGGGUCAAUCACGUACCGAGGUCAAGUUCAGCCCCGAUUUUGACGAACAAGAGGAGGAAGAAGAAGAAACGAGUCCACACCAUCCUAAUUCUAUGUACCGGCGUGCGCAUCUUACGAACAAUUACAACCAACGAGGGUACAACUAA